AUGAAGCGGCCUGCUGCGCUGGACCUCAUCCUCAUCGCUGCUCGGUGCCCCGGGUCACAAGCUGUCAAGCUGUUACAGAAAGAGGUCUUCUCUUUUGGCGUCUCUGCGCUCUGCGCGGUCGUAACGGACCUCAUCCCGUGGAAACUACGGGAGCUGCCGCCGGCCAUGAGGUGGAGGGCUCGCGCUACGGUGGCCUCGUUGCACCAGCCGCUGGCCGUGCUGUACAUCCUGCCGCCCUCCGAGGCACUGGAAAUAUUCCUUUUCACCGGCGGCAACCAGUGGACCAUCAGCGCCCCUCGCGAUUUGUGGUUGACAAUGUUCUACCUCCUGGGUGCUUGGCUUUUUGAGCUGCUGAUCCUGCUGCAUCCCGCCACGGGCGCCUUCAAGUCCUACGGUCAGCGCGGCUGGUCCGUGCAGGUGGCCCAUCAUCUGGGCUUCCCUGCCUUCGCGCUGCACAACAUCAUCAGCGGCUGUGCCGUGCCAGGCACGGUUGUGGCUUGCUAUACCGAGCUGACGGUGUUCUUCACCAGCUCCUUUUGGAUCGCCAAGAUGGCCGGAGCUGGCGAAAUAGUCCUCUUGCCAAUCAAAGCUGGCAUGGUCCUCUCCACGUUUGUCCUGCGCGGCGCCUGCGUCCUCCUCCUGGAUCUGCGGGCCAUCCUCAACGACCAGUCCUCGCUGCCCGUGGCCAGCUGGCUCACGCAGGCGGAGCCUGGCUGGACGGCGAAGGUGGUGGAGCGGGUGCUGAAGCUCGCCAGAUUCACAGCCAUGCAGCACCUUGGCCCCGGAGCAUCCGAGCGCAUCCUGCUCGAGCUGACGGAGGACUCCGCAGAUCCUGCAGAUCCUCGGCCCUCCAGCGUGGAGCGGCUCUUCCAGCUCUUCCGGCAGUCACCCUUCCUGGAAGAGGAGGGGCGUGCACCCCUCCCGAACGGCCCAGGUCCGGUGGCCGCGGCCCCGGCCCCGGAGGAGACGAUGUCCCGGGAGAUGCUGCGGAAGAUGAUGAUCCGGCUUGCCGCGGAAUCUGCCGGCUUUGCUGUGGAGGCAGACAAGCCCCUACUGGAUUCGGGCAUGGACUCCAAGGCAGCAGUGCAGUUCAGUGCCAAGCUGGCAGCAGAGCUUCCUGGGCUGCGCCUGCCAAGUACGUUGGUCUUCGACCACCCCACGCUCUCGGCCGUGGCAGCUUACGCCGAAGCAGCUCAGCGUCCAAAAGGGCCCCGCGGCGAGCAAAGCAAGAAGCCACCGCUCCCUGCGACUCCCAGCCGCUCAGCAUCCAGCGACCCUCUCGCCGUCAUCGGCACAGCGUGUGCCUUUCCAGGCGACGCCGGAGACGUCGGCGGCCCCGCAAAGUUCGGUGCGCUGCUGGCCUCCGGCACCGACGGCACCGUCGAGGUGCCCUUCACGCGGUGGGAGCUCGACGAUUACUACGACCCGAAUCCCGACGCGCCAGGGAAGAUGUACCCGCGACACGCAGCCUUCAUCGAAGGUGUCGAGGAUUUUGCUGCGCAGUACUUCGGCAUCUCCGCACCGGAGGCCAGAGCCAUGGACCCGCAGCAGCGCCUGGUGCUGGAGACGGCGCAUGACGCCCUCCUGGAUGGGGCGAUGAAGCGCGAGGCGCUCGUCGGCAGUUCAAUAGCUGCCAUUAUUGGACUUUCCAACAACGAUUGGAUUCAAGUCCAGUCUGGGGACAUACGCAAGCUCAACCCCUACACGGCCACCGGCACGUCCGCUUCCGUGUCGGCAGCCCGCCCGACACCAAGAGGUGUGGCCUUCAGCCUCGGCCUGAAGGGCCCGGCUUACGUGGUGGACACGGCCUGCUCCUCCGCCCUGGUGGCGGUGGACGCGGCCGCGAUGAACCUGCGGCGGGGGCGCUGCACCGCGGCCGUCAGCGCGGCGGCCAACGGAGAGGGGAAGGCCAGCAAGGCAUCGAGAACUGUCGGAGAGUUCGAGGUCAUCGCCAGCCCGGCCACCUUCAUCAGCUUCAGCAAACCCCGCAUGUGGACACCUCGGCUGUGGCUCACAAAGUUCCACAAAGCCUGCCAAGAGCACAAAGCUCCAAAAGGCUGUCGCCGCGGGGACGGUCCCACGCCUUCGACGCCUCAGCCGACGGCUAUGGCCGCGGAGAGGGCGCAGGCAGGCGUCCGAAUUGAGCUGUGGCUGAGUGCCGUGGCGCUGUGCCCGCUUCUUGAGGCCCAGCACCUGGUGCGUGCCGCCCUUCGGGGCGUGGCGGUGAACCAGGAUGGCCGGAGCUCGACGAUGACGGCGCCCAACGGGCCAUCCCAGACCAUGGUCGUGGCCACGGCCCUGGCAGAGGCAAAGCUGCAGCACCACGAGGUGCGGCAUUUUGAAGCCCACGGCACGGGCACGCCCUUGGGUGACCCCAUUGAGGUGGGGGCUCUCCAAGCGGGGAGCCUCGACGAGGGUCCGAGGCAGCAACCUGCAGCCGUGGCGGCUGUGAAGACCGAAGUGGGCCACUUGGAGGGUGCUGCAGCCUCACCCGGGCUGCUGAAGACCAUAGCGCUGCUGAGCCACCGCGCUGCACUCGCAGUGGUCCACUUGCACACGCUGAAUCCGCACCUCACCUUGCUUGAGGACGUGCCGCAGGUCUUCCCCUCGGAACACUUCCCACUGCAGAAGAGGACUCCGAGGACCGGUGGUUUGUCCUCCUUCGGCUUUGGAGGCACCAACGCGCAUGCCGUCCUGGGCGAGGCUGAACAGUCUGAACUGGUGGACUUUUUGAUGGUCCGACCUGCAGAGUACGUGAAGAAGCCCUUUCCGUGGAGGGAUCCCGGCUACCGGCUCUUGCGGCGCCAGGAUGGUGAGAGCUUUGAAGUGCCGAUGUCCUCAGACGUCUAUGACACGGUGUCACACCACGUCGUCUUCGGAUCCAUUGUGACCCCCGGCGUCGUCUACGUGGAAAUGGCGCUGGAGGCCACCCGAAAGCUCUUCGGCCACAAGACUCAGCUCCGCGAUGUGACGAUGGUCUUCCCAUUUGUGGUCCCUGAUCGCUUUGCGUCGGAGGAGCCCGCGCCGAGCAUGCGGUUCGUGUUGAAGAGCAACACCCGCUUCGAGAUCCAGAGCACCAACGCCCAAGGCAAAACCACGGUGCACGUCGAGGCCUCCCUGGACCACGGGGCAAGCGGGGCAAAGAGCGCGGCCUUGGCCAAUGGCAGCACGUCCCAUGUGGACCUGGCCGCUCUGCGCCACCGCAUCACGGAGGUUGUGGAGACCAAGGUCGUUUACGAGGCCAUCCACUCCGUCGGCCUGUACCUCGGUCCGAUGUUCCAAGUUGCGCGGGAGCUGUGGCGACACGAAGGUGAGGCAGGGUCAGAGGUCUUGGCGCGUCUGCAGCUGAACCCACACGUCAAGAACGUUGGGUACAUCAUGCACCCGGCACUCUUGGAUGGCACGAUCCAUAUUCUGGCGACCGCAUCCAUCGGGAAAAAUGUGAGUGGCCUGAAGAUUUUCGGUGGCGUGGGCAAGGUGUCCGUGAUACGUCAAGAGAACUUCUCCAAGCUGUCGAACUACUGGGUACAUCUGUGCGUUACAGAGUCCUUGGAAGCCUCCCAGACCUUUAAUGUGUCGGUGCUUGCAGAUGACGGUGCGCUGCUGAUGUCCAUGGAGGAUGUGGUCUUCCGGGCUGUGAAGCCGGAACAGAUCCAGAUGGCCAUCGCGGCACAGGGAGGGAAGGAGGACCAGAAGAUCUAUGAUGUGGAGUGGUCAGAGUGGUCCGUUGACUCGGCAGACUCCUCGAGCACGUCGAAGCUUCUAGCUGUUGCAGACACCUCGGACCUGCACCGUGCGCUGAGCACGCUGGACACUCCGCCCGAAUGCACGUUGAUGCUGGACGCACUUCAUGAGAUCGAUGAGGCUGACCUCUCGAACCGAUUCUCCCGCAUCUUGCUUGUUUUCGGCAGCAGCAAUCACGGGUCCGUUCUCGAAGGUUUGAUGGCGGUCCUGGGUUUGCUGCAGAAGCUGGCGAAGAAGAAAGGGGACCUGCCGGAGCUGUGGCUGGCGACGGUCCGCUGCCAGUGGACCCAAGCCGGGGACUUCUCAGGCCAAGUGCUGCCUCUACACUCGGCCAUCUGGGGCUUGGCCCGGACCGCCCGGAACGAGCUCCUGAACCUCCAGAUCUUCGCUGUGGACCUGGAAGGCCCCACUGCGCUGAAGGCCCUCCAAGCGCACCUCACCUCGGGCUCAACGUCGGCUUCCGAGGCCGAACGGGCACUUCGAGUGAAGGGGGAGAAGGGAGAGAAGGCGCUGCUGCUGGUGCCUCGUUUGGAGGAGGCUCGCCUGGAGCCUGCUUCACCUUCCGACUGGUCUCCCCAGGAGGGCCGAGGCACCUCUGUGAUCACGGGAGGUCUGGGGGCCCUAGGCUUGAGUUUCGCAAGCUGGCUUCUGGAGCACAAGGUCGAUGUGGCACUGGUGUCUCGAAGCGGGCGCCCGCCGGAUGACUGCAAAGUUGCCUUCCGGCGCUUGGCCUCGAAAGUUUCGGUCCACAAAGCGGACAUCACGUCGGCCUCCGACACGGAGCGGCUGCUGCGGGCACUGGCAAAAAGCGGACAAAGCGGCCGCGUCCGGGGCAUCCUCCACGCUGCGGGAGUCUUGGAGGACAACAUGAUCACAGACCUCACAAAAGAACACUUCGAGCGAGUGCUGGGCCCAAAGAUCAACGGGACCUUGAAUCUCAGCCAAGCCCUCGACGGCCUUGGCAAGGACGGCAAGGACUUGGAGUUCUUUGUCCUCUUUUCCUCUGUGGCAGCUCUGCUCGGAACGCCUGCCCAGGGCAACUACAGCGCGGGCAACGCCUUCAUGGACUCCUUUGCAGCGCACGCCCGGGAGAACGGGCGGCCGGCCGUGAGUGUUCAGUGGGGACCCUGGGCAGAGGGGAUGGCGGCGCGGGCGAACACCUCGGAGUCCAGCAUCGCGCGGCUGAGCCCCGCGAAGGGUUUGGAGGCCAUGCAGGCCAUUCUGGCAUCCCAAAGCAGCUUGCGGAGUGGCGUCCUGGCCGUGGCCCGCUUCAAGUGGAGUGCGCUUCUGGGCCAGAUGCCUCGCGUGCCGGCCUUCCUGAGCAAGUUCAGUGUCACCAAGAGCAGCAGGGAGAUGAGCAACUACAGCAUCGAGGAUGUUCGGUCCCUGGUCGUGGACUCCUUGACCGAUGCGUUGGGCACCGAUGACUUUGACAUCAACACCCCCUUGAUGGAGCUGGGCCUCGACUCCCUGGCCGGCGUCGAAUUCCGCAACCGCCUCCAGGCCUCCGUGGACGGCAUCAACCUGACCCCGACACUGAUGUUCGACUACCCAACCGUACCAGACCUGGUGGACUACAUUUGGUCCCAGGUGGGGCCGGCUGAAGAGGAGGAGCUGGUUGCGGUGCAGGCGUGUGCUGCCCAAGCUUCCGCAUGCCCCCUGCCGGGCCCUGGCACGGGGCACAACUCUUUGCACUCGCAGUGGCCUGGCAGGCUGGAGCUGUCGGUAGCCAGCUGGCCGUGGCCGGGCACAGUGGGCGCUUCCCCGGCAGCCUCUCCAACCAUCCAGGCACAUCAAGAGAAGAGCUUUGUGGGAGGAAGGCUGAUUCCAUCGAGAGUGUACGUGUUGGCAAACAGGCCCAGGGACCUAACAGCUUCCUCGAAGUUUCUCAGAUGUCGCGUCUUUUGGGAUGUGCAGAGGCGACUUCUGGCGCACCUUGUCUUCGGGACUGGCUGGGACAUGGACGAGUUCUUCGAUCCGGACGUUGACACGCCGGGCAAGACCUAUGUCAGGCUCGGGCACUUCAUCCUGGGGAUCGAGCAGUUCGACGGCGAGUUCUUCGGACUCAGCGAGAUGGAGCAGCGCGGCAUGGACCCGCACCAGUGGCUUACGUUGGAGAUCACGUACGACAGCAUGUAUGCUGCAGGCUUGACGAAAGAAACGAUGAACGGACUGGAGUGUGGCAUCUAUGUUGGUUGCGCCACGCUCGGUGGAAUAUCGCCCGAUAUUCCUGCCUUUGGUCCCUUCACAAACAUUGGCUACGCUUACUCGGGGCUCUCUGGACGCGUGUCCCACACGCUUUCCCUGCGUGGGCCCUGCUUCACCGUCGACACGGCCUGCUCCGCAACAGUCGUAGCCCUGGACUGUGCCAGCCAAGCCAUACGGCUGGGGCGGUGCCGAUCCGCUGCGGCCAGUGGAGUGAACCUGCAGCUUUCAGCCGCCAUCUGGGUCGGCUUCGCCAAGAUGCGAGGGCUCGCCAUGGACGGCAACUGCAAGACCUUCGACACCUCGGCCGACGGCUUCGCACGGGGUGAGGGCAUGGGCUCUGUCUACGUGGCGAUGGCAGACGCAGCCGCUGCGCCAGCCGCGCUUCUGGGCGGUGUGGCCACAAACCACGACGGCCGUGCAGCGACCAUCACGGCACCCAAUGGCACGGCUCAGCAGCGUGUGAUCCGUGCGGCCCUGGCCGAGCGGGCUACACGGCCGGAGGCUCUGGGUUGCUUGGAGUGCCACGGCACGGGCACGGCGCUCGGGGAUCCCAUCGAGGUCGGAGCUCAGAAAGCGGUCUACGGCAAGGGCAGGGACCUGCCGAUGGUGCUAGCUGCCGGCAAAACGAACUUGGGACACCUGGAAGGAGCUGCGGGCGUUGCUGGCCUCAGCAAAGCGGUCCUUCUGUUGCAAAAGGCCCAGGUGACGCCCCUCUUGUGGCUCAAGCAGCUGAACCACAACGUGGAGCUCUCCAACUUCGGCUUCGCGCCCACCGAGCUCCUCAACGCGACGGGCGCUGAGCCAAGGGCGGCCGUGUCCUCCUUCGGCUUCUCGGGCACCAAUGGCCACGCCAUCUUGGAAGUCUACCAAAGCACGGAAGGCGAGCCAGGCGAGAGGCCGCGUCGUCCAACUGCCAGCUACUCACGCCGACAGCUGCAGCCCUACCGGCAGUGGAUCAAGGAAAUCUGCUUCGAUGAAGUGUGGCAGUCGGCCGAGAAAGCCGAUCAGCAGCCGCCAGGCCAGCUGUUCCUCGUUGGUUGCGGACCAGUGUUUGAUGCACUGGCACCCACAGCCGUGGGCAGCCUCGAAGGGACAAAAGGCCGUGAUCAGAUCGCAGAGGCCUUGGCCGAGACGCAAGCCAAGACAGCCGUUUUCGUCGGCAGCUGCGGCGAGGUGCCCGAGCAGCCUCUGGUUCAGUUGCUGAACUUCCUCCAAGCGCUUCAGAUCACCCCGGUUGAGACAGCGGUCGUCGUGACCGUACUCAAGGGCAAAGGCAUGGAGUCAACCCAGGCCCUCUGGGGUUUGGCCCGAUCCGCGCGGUUGGAGAUGCGGUCGGAGAUCCGGCUUCUGGAGUGCUGCGAGCAGGAGUCGGCGGCGGCCGCUGGGGCCCUUCGACAGCUCCUCUCGGGUCCGGAGAUGGAGCUCUCCAUUAGACAAGGCAAAGCCGAGGCGCCCCGCCUCCAGCGCAGCAGCACGGUGGCCUGCACCGCGCUGCAGACCCGGGACAUGCUGCAGGGCCAAAGCCACUUUACGGGCCCCGUGCUGGUCACCGGCGGCCUGGGAGGCCUUGGCUUGCUCGCAGCGCAGCAGCUGGCCGAGCUGGGAGCUAAAGCGCUGGUGCUGGCCUCGCGCAGCGGCCGCGCAGCGAACCCUGCGGCCCUGGCGCGGCUGGAGCUGUCAAAGGCAGUGGUGGAGGUCCAGAAGUGUGACGUGAGCCGCGGUGAGGAGGUCGCCGCCAUGGCCGAGAGGCUGAACGGGGAGCUGCAGGCAGUGAUCCACGCGGCCGGAGUGCUCGAUCGCUGCGUGCUGAAGGAUCUCACCUCCUCGAGGCUGGAUGCGACCAUGGGCCCCAAAGCCAAUGGUGCCUGGCACGUGCAGUCCCUGAGCGAGCGGCUGGUGCUCUUCUCCUCGGUCUCUGCCUUCCUCGGCCUUUCCGGCGGUGCUGCCUAUGCUGCAGCUAAUGCCUACUUGGACGCCUUGGCUGCCUGGCGGAAGACUCAGGGAGUCGGCGCCGUCAGUGUUCGCUUUGGGCCCGUUGCAGAUGUUGGCAUGGCUGCGGGGAGCCACUCGCCCUCGGAGCUCAAGAGCACCGCGCUCAGCUCGCUGCCGCUGGCGCAGGUGACGAGCGCGCUGCGGCUGCUGAUGUCCCCGCAGCCCCUGAGCUGGACACCAAUAACGCUGGCGAGGGCCGACUGGUCUGCCUACUUCCGGCAGUCUGCCGGCCUCGCCCCGAUGCUUCAGGACUUUAAGGAGACCCAGGUAGCCGCAGCGUCCACGGCCGUUGAGCAGUCGCACUUGGCGCACCUGCCGGCCUCGGAGAGGGAGAAACAGGUCUUGGUCGCCAUUCAGGAAGCUGCUUCGUCCAUGCACCUGGAGAUCCAGGAGGACACCCCGCUGAUGGAGGCCGGCAUCGACUCCCUCUCGGCAGUGGAGUUCCGCGGCAAGAUCUCCACCGAGUUCCGGUCCGUUCGCCUCCCCAGCACCUUGAUGUUCGACCACCCCACACUGAAGGCCAUCGCGCAGCACAUCUCAGAAGAGCUGGGGGGGACUGCCGCGUCUCCGGCUCCGGCUUUGCAGGUACCCUCCCCUUCGACGGCCACCAAGAACCUCGAAAGCCUUGAGGCGUUAGAAGUGCGGGGCGCGGCGUGUGCACUUCCGGCGCCGGGCACGCCUUUCGGUGGGCUGGUUUGCAGCUUGUGGUAUGGAACGGAUUGCAUCUCGGAGAUGCCCUACUCCCGCUGGGACGUGGAGGAGUACUACGAUGCCGAGGCUCCAACUGGCUUGGAGAUGUACGUCCGGCAUGCGGCCUUUAUCGAAGGCGUGGAGCUCUUUGCCGCGCAGUUCUUCGGAAUCGGCAAGGUGGAGGCAGAAGCCAUGGACCCCCAACAGCGCCAUUUGCUGGAAACCUCGUUUGGUGCCUUUGGUGACUCUGGCUAUUCGAGGGCUCAGCUCAUGGGCUUGGGCGCCGGCGUGUUCGUUGGCCAGGACAAGAGUGAUUGGAACCGAAUGCUCUCGGCAGCUCAUGCGGGUCCAUUCGCUGCGACCGGUGGCUCUGCCUCAAUCUCCUCCAACCGCAUCUCCUACAGCUUGGGCUUGAAGGGGCCAAGUGCCACGGUCGAUACUGCAUGCUCCUCAUCUCUCGUGGCUGCUGACACAGCGGCCGCAACGAUACGUAGAGGUCGCUGUGAGCUCGCGGCCGUCUGCGGCGUGAACAUGUUGCUCCUGCCCCAAACCUUCAUUGCUUGCUGUCAGGCGCGCAUGCUUUCUGCCGAUGGCAGGUGCCACACCUUCGAUGCAUCCGCUAGUGGCUACACCCGGGGAGAGGGCUGCGGGGCUCAGAUCCUGGGUCCAUCUGGCACAGCCUCCGCAGCUUCGCCCGUGGCAGCCUUCGCUGGGAGUGCCCUGAACCAAGACGGCCGCAGUGCCAACCUCACGUCUCCGAACGGACCCUCACAGAAGGCGGUCAUCCAGGUGGCGCUGUCGGAAGCGGGCCUGCAGCCAGAACAAGUGGGGCAGGUGGAGACCCACGGCACCGGCACGGAGCUCGGGGAUCCCAUCGAGACGGGGGCCCUGCGCGCCGCCUUGCAGCCACAGUCGGGACGUGGCACUCCCGUGGUGCUGGGCGCCAUCAAGUCCAACCUGGGCCACUUGGAAGGGGGCGCCGGCAUGGCCGGGCUCCUGAAGCUGGCCUCACAGCUGCAGCGGCCAGUCCCGGCCAUCGCGUCGAACCUCCACCUCCGCCGCCUCAAUGCACACAUCGCCGAGGAUGCGCACGACUUCGCUGCUCUCUUCGUGAACUCCAGCUCCCUAGCUGGACAGGCAACGUCGCCUGCGGCCUCCGUAAGCUCCUUUGGCUUCGGUGGCACGAACGGCCAUGUGGUGCUGAAGCCGAAGCUGCAGGAUAAGGUGCGGCAGCCACUCAACGACCUGGGCCGGGAGCGCUUUGGGUGGCGGGAGCCCACGCAUCCCUUGAUCCGUCAGAAGGCCAAGAGAGAGGACGGGGUCCACGUCCUGAGCUGCCCCAUCGACGGCCACGUGCUGGAGCUUCUGUCCCACCACAUUGUUCACGGUGAGGUGGUGGUGCCCGGCGCCUGUUACCUGGAGAUGAUCCUUGCAGGUGUACGGGCACACCUCGGACAGCAGGAGGCCUGGUGGAUCGAAAGCCUGGGCUUUGCCAAGCCCCUGGUCCUCCGCCUCUCGCAGUCUGGCCAGCUGGAGGAGCCCGUGGAGCUGCGGCUCCUGAUCUGGGAGGACGGGCGCCUGGAGGUGGAGAGCGCGGUGGGCGAGGACCCAGAAGACCUCAUCGUGUCCACCCACGUGGAGGCGAGCCUCAUCCAGCAAAAGGGCGGCUGGACGACGCUCGCUGAGAUGGACAAACAGGACCUGACACAGCUCCGGCAGAGCUGCCCAGAGGAGGUGGAUGUGGACCUCAUGUACUCGUUUGGCGUGAAGAGCGGCCUCCCACUACAGCGACGUUUCCGCUGCGUACGGCAGGUGCAAGUUCAGAAGAGUGAGCGCAAGGGCUUCGCGCGGCUGGAGAUGGAGAGGGACGGUACAGAGGUCGGCUUCCUGCUGGGGCCUUCCUUGAUCGACAGCUCCUUCCAAGCCCUGAUGGCGCUGGCAGAUCCCUCCGUGGGAAUCGGCUCCCUGAAGAUCCCCUUGUCCAUCAAGAGGCUGCAGCCCACGGGCCGCGCCUACUCGAUCGGCGUGUGGUCGCACUUCCAGCUCCUGGACUGGACGGAGCACUCCACGGCCUUCAGGUGCUGGCUUCUCAACGACGCAGGGGAGACUGUGCUGUACUUCGACUCUGUGCAUCUGCAGGAAGUCCGGGAUGAGCACUUGCAGAAGGUGCUGCAGGCCUCGGGUCGUCUUGGAGCCGAGCAGCAGGCGCUGUACAGCACUCUCUGGCGGGCCCUGCCAGAGCAAACGGCGCCUCAAACACCGGAGGCCUCCCGAAAAUGGCUGGUCUUGGGGCGGCGCGAUGCCAUCAGGAUGUCGGCCUUGGAAGCUUUCCGGUGCGUCGCGCACGAAGACCUCAACUUCCAGAACGAGACGGCCUUGCAGGAGACAAUCCGCGACGCGGAGGCCCUCGUCUUCGUGGGCCUCCACCAAGGUCCCGUCACGACCUGCGUGGAGCAUGGCACCGACGACGUCGAUGUGCUGGCUUUGGCGCUCCACGUGCUUCGCGCCGCGCUGUCGGCCGGCUUGCCCCUGGUCAUCGUCACGCGCAGAACGCAGCAGCUCUCGGGCGAGGACCAGGAGCCGGUCCACGCAGGCCUCUGGGGCUUUGCCCGCAGCGCGCGGCUGGAGGAGCCGGAGAGAUUGCGCGUGGCUUGCUUGGAUCUGGAUUUGGAUUCCGAGCCUCUGGAAGCCAUCGACGUGGCCCUCGCUCAACUGUCCAAAGAUGCCUCCCGUGAAGAGGAGCUGUCUUGGCGGGCUGGAGAGGCCUUGGGGCGUCGACUGGCGCGGAGCGAGCUCCAUGCCCGGACCCCACUGCGCCUGAACAUGCCGGCGCGCGGAGCCCUGACGGGGCUGCGCCCCGUGCCUCUCAGCACGAAGCCGCCCCUGCACCUGGGCGCCGCGCUGCUCCGCGUCCGGGCCGUGGGUCUCAACUUCCGGGAUGUCCUCAAUGUCAUGGGCCUGUAUCCAGGAGAUCCUGGGCCUCCAGGAGCAGACGUGGGAGGCACCGUGCUGGACCUCGCCGAGCACACGGGGAGCCACCUCAGGCUCACGGAGGAGGUCUUCGGCGAGGCCCCGGGAUGCUUGAGCAGCUACUGCCUGGCGCCCGCGCCGCUACUGGCGCCCAAGCCCCCGAGCUGGUCCUUCGAAGAGGCCUGCGCCAUGCCCGUGAUCUUCGUGACCGUGGAGGAGGCCCUCGGGGACCUGGCGCGGCUGAAGCGCGGCGAGCGGGUCCUGAUCCAUGCCGCUGCCGGCGGCGUGGGCUUGGUCGCGAUCCAGUAUGCGCAGCAUGUGGGGGCAGAGGUCUACGCGACAGCCGGUUCGGAGGCGAAGCACGAGUAUCUGCGCAGCAUCGGGGUGAAGCACAUCACCAGUAGCCGCAGCGGGGCGCGCUUCGAGGAGGAGAUGAGGAGCUUCCUGGACAAGGAAGGAGUUGACGGGAUCGACGUGGUGCUCAACAGCCUCAGCCACGAUGACUACAUCCCACGCUCGCUGGCGCUCUUGCGGAGCGGCGGCCGCUUCAUCGAGAUCGGGAAGCGGGGCAUCUGGUCCCACCAGCAGAUGUGGGAGAGCCGCCCGGAUGUGAUGUACGAGAAGAUUGCCGCAGACACCAUGAUGGAGAAGGAGCCCUGGAGGUACAACUCCUACUUGACGCGCUUGAAAGACCGCGUGGAUGCUGGCGGGCUCAAGCCCAUCCACAUGCACGUCUUUGAAGGCCUGGAGGAAGGUGUCCGAGCUCUGCAAUUCCUCCAGCGGGCACAGAACAUCGGCAAAGUGGUGCUCUCGGAGCCGAGCAAGCUGCCGGCUGAGGGCACGCACGUCCUCAGUGGUGGCACGGGCGCCUUGGGUGUGGUGACAGCUCAGUUCCUUGCAGAGGAAGGGGCCAAGUCCCUCUGCCUUUUGUCGCGGGCGGGGCGCCCACCGGAAGAGGUGCAGGCACGAUGGGACUGGCUGCAGGCGAGCACCGUGGACCUGCAAGUCCUUCGCUGCGACGUCUCCGAGGAAGCCUCCGUGAGCUCCGCGAAAGUCCUGAAAGGCCCCGUCGCUUCGCUCUUUCACUUGGCCGGAGCAUUGGCCGAUGCGAUGCUGCCUGCCCUGGACCAUGAGAUGUUCCGGAAGUCGUAUGGCCCCAAAGUCCAUGGCCUGCGGCACCUGCUACGCCACCUCAUCGGGGACUCGGCGCAGCUGGUGCUCUUCUCCUCCACCAGCUCGCUCUUCGGCGCUCCAGGCCAGGGCAACUAUGCCGCAGCCAACAGCACCCUCGACGCCUUUGCGGCCUUCGCAGACAGCCCGAGUAGAGGUGCAGUGUCGGUGCAGUGGGGGCCAUGGGCCGAGGUAGGUAUGGCGGUGCAGAAGGGCACCGUGCAGAGGGCCAAGGCCAGCGGCAUCGGCGCCCUCAGCAACCCACAAGGUUUGGCAAUCCUGGGCAGCGUCCUGCACCAAAGCGGGCCACGGCACUCGCUGGUGGGCGCAGCCCACGUCCGCUGGCCCAAGUUCCUGCGCACCGUGUUCAAUGCUGAGCCGCCGGCCUCCCUGCUGGACAUGGCCGCCGAGGCAGCCAAAUCCAUGGAGACGGGAUCCGCCGAUGCAGGGCUGGCGGUGGAGCUGGCGGCACUGGGCGCUGCCGAGCGCCAGGAGCGGUUGGAGCUGUUGGUGCGGAAGUUGGCCAGCGACGUCGUGGGCGAAGACCUACCGGGGGACGUGGAACUGCUGGAGUCUGGCAUGGACUCCUUGUCUGGUGUGGAAUUCAGAAAUAGGCUUCAGCAAGAGCUGGGUGGUGUUCGGCUGCCAAAUUCCGCGGUCUUUGACUUCCCGACGGCCAACGCGCUCGCGGGCUUCAUUGCGGGCCAGUUGGGGGCGAGGCAAGUGUCCGAGGCACCACAACAGGCGCCGGCCGGGCAGUCCAAAAUUCUGGAGCUGCUGAACACCAGGACGACUGGCCGGCCUCUCUUCCUGGUGCCCGGCGCUGGCCUGCAGGCCGCCGGCUUCCAAGCCUUGGCAUCCCUUCUGCCGGUGCCAACCUGGAGCGUCUCCUGGCCCCAAAACCUCCCGAGGGAGAGGUGGCCAGAUUCGUUGGAGGCCCUGGCGCAGUUGCUGCUGGCAGAGGUCCGGGCCGUGGAGCCGACGAAGCCGCUGCUGCUGGCCGGGCAUUCCUUUGGAGCCACCGUUUGCCUGGAGAUGGCCAGGCAGGCCGAGGCAUCGGGCCAAGCCGUGGCGUUGGUGGCGCUUCUGGACCCCAGGACGCUGCUCCCUUUGGAGGGUGAUGCAGGCGAUGUCUUUGAGAGCGGCCUGCUGGACACCCUGGCGAUGCUGUCUCAAAGCGUUGCGGACGGGGCGCGCUACGCCGCGGUUGUCGAGGAAGCUUUGGCCUCAACUUCCGACGAUCCGGAAGCUUUGCGCCAGCUCCUAGGCCCCGCAGCCUCUGCGCUGGAGCACGUCCAUGAAACUUUUCGGUGGUACGCUGGGCUCCUGACCAAUGCCCGGCCGGACGACACGCCUCUGCAAGCCAGGCUGCUGUGGGUGCGGGCCGCGGAAGCCUGGCGCGACGCCGCAGACACAGACACACCAGCGAAGAAGAUCGUGAGCCGUGUGCAGGCGGCGGUCUUCCAGGAAGAUGCCUCCGUGGCUGACCACCUGCGACUGAUGGGGGCGAGCGGGGUGGCAGCGGCGGAGGCCGCAGUCCCGGCUUCCGGGGACCACUUCGCGAUGCUCCACGAGCCGCACGUCGUGCCGCUGGCGCUGCGGCUCUGCCACGCCAUGGUGGAGGCCUCUGAGGUGGUUCAGGACGAAGUUGGGGCGUGA